AUGUGUUUUGUUCCAGCAGAACCAAAGUACCAUUUUUCAUGCUAUCGUAAGGACACACGCAUUGAUAGUUCAGCUAAAUCAUCUGAAAUAGCGCAAACGACCCUAGAAGAACAGGAAUUUCAGAAAUAUGCUAGUGUGGAACAAGCAGCAUUUAAACAAUGGAAUCUCAGAAGUGAAGUCUCACACGAAAAAAACUUAAGACGCAAGUUGGAAAAUUUGUAUAGCUCUAAAAUUCAUUUCGUUUCUAACGAUAGUGGUCACCUGUUAAUGCUACCAAACAGUAUGCCAAGAGAUGAUUUAGUUCGAAUGAAUGACCAAUUAUCUGCAAAAGUAAAAGCAAUAGAGACAUGUUCCGAUAAGAAUAUGAUUACUGCUGCAUGUUUAAUCCGUAAUGAAAUCCUGCAACUCGAAAGUGGAAAUGUAUGGCCACCAACGCCUGAGGACCUGUCUGAAUUCCAACUUCCAAAGAAUACCCAUCUGUUUCUGCAGUCUCUCUUGAGAGGAGAUAACAGAAUACAACAUUCCAGUAGAGUUAGAGUUAGAGAAUUAAAGGCGAAAUUUGGUCAUUGGGUCAAGACGAGGGUCAAGAUUUUAUUAAUGCUAUCACGAAGGGAAAGUUUAAAACUCCGAAGCAUAUUCUGCUCCCAUUUUCCCUUAAAUCCCUCUCUGGAUGCUGGAUUAUCUGACUUACUUGUGGAAGCUGGUGUUGCGGCAGAGGGGUCGCUGUCAUCUAUCAUCACAGGAAAACACUAUAAUCGAGCAGUACGCACGCAUAAAGUAGUUUUUGAAGCAAUGAUGAGGAUUAUCUGGAAGUCAUUUUUGCCGUGGCUUGAAGAAACAGAUACAGUUGUUUCCAAAGACCUUGAAGAUUUGAAGAAAGAGCUGUCAUAUUUGUAUAUAUCAAAUGAAGACACGCAGGGCAGUAGCGGAAUUACAAAAUUUAGCAAGCAACCUGCAGGUGUUGCAAGAUAUUGUCUGACUUCUGAUAUGAAAGCAGCAUUCCUACAUAUGCUUCGUAAUGAAACCGGUGGCAUUUCUUCAAAACAUGUUUUUCAUAAUGACCUGUCACCAGCUAUAAUUCUCAAAGAUGAGCGUCACGUUUCAUCUAUAAUGAACCUCCUCACCAACAAAUGGAUCAACCCAUUUGUGAAUUUAGAUAUCGUUAACAUCUCGACUGGUAGUCUUCCAACUGCGAACAUCACCAAAGACUUACUCGAGGCACAUGCAAUAGGAGCGAUUUUUAAGAGAUAUUUCGAAAUCAAAAAUAAUUAA